GAGAUUGUGGGCCGUUUAGACCUCCCAGAGACAGAAGAGGACAUGCCCACUGGAGGGGGCGAGAUGGAGGACCGUAGGUCAGGGGCGGAGUCUCAGGCUGCCUGUCAAAUGACACCGCUGGCUACGAGUGGCCCCUUGAGCAGGCCUGGUAGAAGACCCAGAGGAUUUCUUUAUUUCAUGUCCAAUAAGACCAGCACCCUGCAGCUGCCCCCUCUGCCCCUCCUUGAGGGCCCAGAGCAGCCCCUCAGAGGCCCUAGGUCAACACCACCCGGCCAGGGGGGAAACGGGCGGCGCCAGCCCCCUCCACCACCAGAACCAUGCCUGCCCCCUCCACCAGAAACACCACCAUUAGUCCACCAGAACGGUCACUAGGCCAGACAGUUCCCCCAGGGUGACCUGGGAACAGCCCUCUGAUGUAACAAUAACAAUAUAUGCCAUUUAGCAGACGCUUUUAUCCAAAGCGACUUACAGUCAUGUGUGCAUGUCCAGGUCUUCCACUCAGACCCAGAUCCCAGUACUUCCCAAUGUACUACAACUACCAAGGUAAAGAGAUGGACAACAUGUGGUGAUAUUUUACCUCUGCAAAAUUGCACUGAACACAAAAACAUUGAUCUAUCAUUGUGGGAAUAAUCUUGUACGAUCAGACACAGAAUUAUUAUUGUGCUUCUGUCCUACUCUCUCUCCCGCUCUCUCUCACUUUCUCUCUCUCCCUCCCCAUCUCUCUCUCCCUCCCCAUCUCUCUCUCUUUCUCUCUCCCUCCCCAUCUUUCUCUCCCUCCCCAUCUCUCUCUCUUUCUCUCUCUCCCUCCCCAUCUUUCUCUCCCUCCCCAUCUCUCUCUCUUUCUCUCUCUCCCUCCCCAUCUCUC